UUGGUGUAUCGGAAUUUGUGCUCAUAUUAUUGUAAUUUUUAACACGACAUUUUUAUAGUAUAAAACCUCAUAAAAAAUUAAGUAAAUAAUUAAAUUUAAAUUAAACAUAAGAAUUAAAAUAGAAAAAAAGGAAAGAAUGGCUUACAAAAAUUUGGACAAUACUGAAUUUAGGAAACUACACGAUGAAAAUUUCAGACACUUCAUGUAUUCCAGAUUGGCUUUAUAUUUUAAUAAUUUUAAUUUAAGAAAUCUAGCUCCACCACAACAACCGCAACCGCCACCACAAUUGUAUCCAGAACCACUAGCAUUAAAUUUACCAUCAUCAUCAUCAUCUUCUUUAUCAUCACCAAUAUUAUUUUCAACAUUAAAUCAUAAUUUAAAAGAAUGGUAUUUAAUACAACAAGAACCAAACAAAAUUCUAUUACUUAUUAAUAGAUCAGAUUUAAUAUUAAUUAAUAAUAAUACGAGUAUUGAAAUUGAAAAACAAAUAUAUAGUAAAAUAAAAUUUCAACGUAAUAAUAUAAUAAAUGUUGGACGUAUUAUUAAUUUUUCAAAUGAUCGUUUUGUAUUGGAACAAGAAUUAAGAAAACGUCUAACAAAUAUUAUUAAAAUUAAUUCAAUUUUAACAAAAUGUAAUUUCAAUGAAAGUGAAAAAACAUCUGUAAUAACAUCAACAUCUGAGAUUCAAUCGAAUAUAAUUUUAUCUCGAAGGAAUGAUAAUUAUGUUAAUCAUGAGAUUAGAAAUAAUUCUUGGUUUUUAGUGCAAUUUGAACGUAAUGAAAAUUGUAUUGUAUAUUCGAUAAUUGAUACACGAAAAUUUUUAUGGAAUUUAAAUAAUACUAAGUAUUCAAAUAAUCAAGAUUUAUAUAUUUUGGAUGAGAAUUAUAGACGAAAAGUGAUAAUAUUGUAUGCAUCAAAUAAUCGUAAUGAUGUUUUAAAUCAAUUAAGUUUUUUAAUAUCAAAAGUUUUCAAUUUGUCUUUUAAAGAUCCUGAAUCGUGUAAAAGAUAUCAAUCUUGGCUCUUAAUACAAUACACUGUUAAUCAUACAGAUUUCAUAUAUGAUAUAGUUAAUGAAUCAGAUACCAUUUAUAAACGGGAAAAUUUAAAUCCAAAUGUUGUCACUUAUGUUAGAGAUGAUAAUAAAAAUAUUUUAUAUCAAGCAAUCAUAUUGAAAAGAUCAUUGCAACAUAACGAAUUGGAGAUUGAUUUAGAAAAUAUUCGGACAGCAUCUUUAUUUUCAUUGUUUCCCCUUGAACAAGAAAAUUCAAUUUCGAAUAUUCAUUACAAAUUGGAACGAUGUAAAAUAACAAAUGAUUUAACUAUUGAGUAUUUGAAUUUUAGUAGAUCAACUCAAACUGAUUUUUAUUAUCCAGCGAAUGCGCCAUUAAGUGUUGACGUUGGAAGUGAUACAAAAGAUAAGGUUCAAUUAUUAGAUGAACAGCCUGAUUAUACCUCUGAGGAAUUAAAACUUAUACGAAAAUUAAAUAUUAUGGAAGAGAAUAUGCAUAAGGAAAGUCAUAGUUUAAGAAAUACAUUUUAUCAACUUGAGCGUAUUAGCACUAAUAUGGAUCGUGAAAUAAUGACUCUAGAGUAUUUGUUAUCUCUUCCAGAUAUAUUGUAAAAAAUUUAUGUUAUUUAACUAUGUAUAUUUGUAUGUAUGUACAAUUUUUAUUGAUUACAAUUUUAUAAAGUAAAUUUUAUAUAGAAAUUGCAAAAAUGUUUAAAUGUCUCCUGUAGUAUUUUAAAUUGUAUAAUUUUAGCUUGUAAAUGAAAA